CCGGCUGCGAUUACAGUGGCGGCGGCAGGACUGAUCGCGAGCGUCGAGAAGCAAGCUAGUUGACGCGGCCCCCGCACCGCCUAGCGCGCUCACUAUGCAGAUGCAUUUCAUCUUUUCGAAUGAGGUGGUGCUUCUGUUUGAUUUCUGGAGUGUCCACAGUCCUACAGGCAUGGCCCUUUCAGUGGUGGUGAUCCUGCUCCUGGCUGUGUUGUAUGAAAGCAUCAAGGUUGGUAAAGUCAAGCUGUUCCACCAUGCUCUGGAGAGCCUGCCAGCCCGCAUCAACAAGCAGCUCAUCGAGGAGACAGACCAGGAAUCAGCAGACUCAGAUUUGCCCCCAGUCUGCAGAACUCGCCUCAGGUGGUUUUUGUGUCACUUUGGCCAGUCUCUAAUCCACGUCGCUCAGGUGAUCAUCGGCUACUUCAUGAUGCUGGCUGUAAUGUCCUAUAACACCUGGAUUUUCCUCGGCGUGGUCCUGGGCUCAGCUGUGGGCUACUACUUAGCCUACCCACUUCUCAACAUGGUUUAGCUGGCCGGAGAUGUGCAGGCAUUGAGGGCUGGAGGGAGCUGGGGCUCCUUUUCCCCCACACAUUGUACUCCCAGCCCUUUGCUUUUUCUUCUAGUGGCUGUUCCUCAUCUUGCUCCCCAGCUCUGGAAGCUUUCAGCUGAAGUCAGCUCUUGCUCCCUGGAGUUCAGAGGCCAUUGCAGCUACCUCCCUCCUCAGCCAGCCUGCACAGGGCCCAGGCCUAGUCUUUUUGUGCCUUAAGAAGGUUGUUGUGACCAAAGGGAGAAAGGAGAAAACAGAACUGGGGGCAGGGUUGUUAAGCACCUAAUGGUUUCUCUGAGACUCAAAACUUUUAAGAAUUUCCAAAGAUCGUCAAGACAAUGAUGUACGUUCUUGCGUGAUGAAGGGCAGGGAACCUGAAUACCCUCUGCUCUCCUGAUUUGUGCCUUAUCUUAAAGGAGCAUCUUCCAUAGAACUUCCUGACCUCUUCUGUCUUUAGGGACAGAGACUAAGCUGGCUCCUUUUUCUCACCUUUCUGUCUUUGGAAUACAUGAAGAUUGUCUCUUCUAUGAAUCAUGUUGACACAAUAAGUUUUUUUUU